AGAGAUGUCUUGCCCACUCGCUGGUCGGCACACCCAACUACAUUGCUCCGGAGGUGCUCAUGCGGACCGGAUAUACGCACGUCUGUGACUGGUGGAGUGUUGGUGUUAUACUCUAUGAGAUGUUGGUUGGUUCGCCACCGUUCCUGGCCAACACCCCUGGUGAAACUCAGUUUAAAGUUAUAAAUUGGGAAUCAACACUCCAAAUACCCAAAAUAGCGAACGUUUCACCUGAAGGCACGGACUUGAUCCUCAAACUGUGUACAAGUGCGGAUAGGCGGUUAGGGAAGAAUGCGAAUGAAGUAAAAUCACAUCCAUUCUUCGCUAGUAUAGACUUUGAGAAAGGAGUUCGGCGGCAAUCUCCUCCUCAUAUUCCUAGGAUACAAUACUCCACAGACACUUCUAACUUUGACCCAGUGGAUCCCGACAAACUUAGGAACUCUGCGUCCUCAGAUUCGUCAAAAUCUGAUGAGUUCUCAGACAGUGGAAAACCUUUUCACGGGUUUUUUGAGUUUACAUUUAGGAGGUUUUUUGACGACGGAGGUGGGACUCCAUAUCCCAAUAAGAUUAGUUUGGAUGAUAACGAUAACCAAGGUGCAGUUUAUGUAUGACUUUAUGUUAGCCUUUACAAUUGUUGUAUUGUACUGUAUUAAUACUUAUUGAGUUGUCAAACUCGGUACACUUACAAUAACAUUUGCAAAUGAAUGUAUAAUGUUAUUUUAUUGUGAAGGUGAAGUAGUCAGGCGUGAAACGUCUUUGCUCUCACAUGUAUACACAAAUUUCUAAUUUGAUUUGGUUUGUCAGCAGAUUGAGGUGUUGCCAGAAUAUCUGAAGCACAGUAAUUAUAUCAGUUUAAUUUUCCUAGGUAUAUCAACCAAGUUACCUUGCAUAGAGAAGUUUUAUUUUAAAGUAUCUCUCUGUAAGUUGUUUAUGAAGAUGUCAACUCAAUUAUUGAAUGAAACAAAGUUGCAAAGUUUAAAAUGCCUGCCAUUUAUUCAGUAGUUUAGGAAUCAAUGACAUCAAUGUUCUUAAUGAAUAUGUUAUUAUAGAAUAUAUAUUCUAUUCUAUUCUAUUUUAAAAUCUAUAAUUUUAUAACAUUGGUGCAACUAAUCUGAGUUGCUAUCUACCUAUAGAUUUGUUUAUUGUUCAACAUUAACUACAAACAAGUGAGACUCAACAAACUUUUUCUUUUCAACUUUUUUAAAAGCUCUUUUACUUUAAAACGUGUAUGCUUCUUCUAAUAGUGUUUAUUUCUAAAGAAUGUUUUCUAUAAAUAAGCCAAAUUUCUUACAUAACAAUAUUUGUUUACUGUCAAAUUUACUAACAACAACAACAAAUUUACAACAUGAUUAAAUUCUCGGAUCUUUAAAAUGUACUCAUCUUAACUUGUUUUUAGGCUGUGGUUUACAAUAAGCACACCCAGUUCGUCUAAGCAUUCAAUUUUACACUACAUACUUUUACACUACAUACUUAAGAUAAAUGUUUAUAAACAUGCAAUUUGAUAUCUUAGAUUGUUCCUGUAAGUACCACGUGGUUUUGAAAAGAUACAACAUAUUUGGUGUAACGAUAUCAUCGUAGAUAGCAAGAUACAUAUAACAUGAUACUUUACUUUAAUUGAUCUUCCCAGGAUCUCUUAUAUGUUAUUAAUGAUUUUACAUCAUACCAAUCAUUAAAUUCUUAUUAAUGAUAUACAUUAGUAACGUAAAUGGAUCAACUCAAAUAGUUUAAUGUAUAUCAUUUUUAUUUAAAAACGUAGGUUUCCAAUUUGUAUUUGGGUAGCAAAAUAAGUUAAACAGGACCAUUAUUUACAAAUGUUGAUGAAAGUUGGUUUCUAGUGAGUAUGCUUGAAGUUAUCUCCAAGAACAUCUUUGAGCAUUCUAUUUUUUUGAUCAUAUUGUUAUACAUAGUUAACAAUAUGCAAAUAUUGAUUUCCAUAUUUGCAUGUCUCUUGGUAUUGUUUGAUAGGUUGUUAAAUAAGUAGACAUUUAAAUAACUCAAAAAUUUGUGAAAUCUGUUAGAUAAUGGCAUGUUUUAAAGUACAUUAAGUAUCUUUUUUAUAUGUAAAUGGAGUAUAUUUUAAGAAAACACAAUUUAGAGGAUUUAACUAAAGUAAUCAUUUUAUGUGUUUUACAUACUAAAUAUGUCUUGUCAUCUUCAGCACAUCCCAUAAUAAUGAACGUGAACAAGAAAAUUUGUUGAAUCGAUUUCAGUAAAAAUAGAUUUUAUUUGAUAUUUGAUAUCAAAAUCAGUAUUACAUAUUGGUACCUUUAUUGAUUUCAUACUAAACAUUAUACUGCAGGAACUUAUAUUUUGAACUUUGCAGUAGUUGAGGUCAUAAGUCAUUCAGCUAAUCUGGCAUUAAUAUCUAGAUUUAUUGUUUUUUUUUUUUAGAUAAACUAUGUAUGAGAUCUUUAACAUUUGUUGAAAAUGUGACAGCAGUUGAUGAAUUUUGUGCAAAUGUAUCUGUGAGCAUAUUGUUGUAAUUGUUUCUGAAAUUGACUCAACGGAAUUGUUUUAUAUAGUUUUAAAACUAUAUUAAAAAUAUCUAAGUUUAUUUUCCAGUUCUUAGUAUCACCACUGAUUGUCAUAUAAGUUCUAAAGUUUAUUCAUAACGUACAUUAAGUUAGAAAACUCUAAAUUGGUAGCUGAAUUCAAAAUUUAUUAAAUAAAUCAUGUUAAAAGUUGUCGAUUAGAUGAAAAAUAACAUGUCUAAGGGUUAAAUGCUCUUGAAAAUCCAUAAAUGAACUGCCUUUUGUGUAUACUAGUGUUUAUAUUUAUUUUGUGAUUGCAUGACUGCAUUCAGAUAAAAUCGUGAUAAAAAUGCAGUUAUAUAGUUGACACAAUGAGAUUGUCCUUGGUACCAAAGUUGAUUGUUAUUAACAUGGUAUAUUAAUGUUUGGCACACCUCAGUCUGACAUGUAGUUUGGGUAUGCCUUCAAGUCAAUUGGUAUGUGAUAUAAGAUGUCAGGUUGCUUGUACUACCUACUUUAUGUGAUUUUUUUGAAUCACAAUAAAUAUUAUUUGAUCAUAGGAUUUGUUAACAAUUUAUUUUAUUAUUAUAAUAUAUAGAUUUAUAAUGUUGGGGUGUGUGUUAAGAUUUUGUAAACAUGUACAUUUUACUGCGCUGGUGUGUGUUGUAUAGUGCGUUAGAGAACUGUGAUGUAAGUGAGUGAUAGCUGGUUUUGCGAUAUAUAUAUAUUUUUUACUUAGUUGUAGAUAUCUGUGCAGUGCCUUAACUCUAAACAAUCACGAACACAUGUGCCAAUACAGUCAAUUUUUCACUUUGUAAUGUUGUAGUAGUUAGAGACGAUUUAGUGCAAGCCGCUCAUUCAGUUGUUAUCUCAAAACAGUUCACUAACAGCUCAUUCAGUUAUCUCACAACAGUUCACUAACAGCUUAUUCGUUUUAGAUUAUUUCAUUUUCAACAGUUGCAAUUAUAGCAUUGUAUUAAGAGAGCAUUUAUGGAAUUUUAUUGGUACUUAAGUUAUCAUAACGUAAGUUAAUAAGUUCUAAUUGAAAGAUAAUAUUUAAAGAAUAAAACUUACACGAGUAUAUUAGACCUUUGGUUCCCUGGUCAGGUUUUAUUGAUUGCUAAAUAGAAAUUUAUAUGUUAGGGAUUUUCAGUAUUUGGUCCAAAAUGAAUGACCAUAUGUUUGUAGCUUAUUUCACUGCAUUGUGUGUAGUUAGUUAAUUAUAUUUGAAAUUCAUAUAAAUGUGCUACAUGUAUUAUGGUUUUUAUAAGCCUAAAAAUCACCACGAAGUUGCUGUAAAUCUACAUACAUUUCUGCUGGGAGUUUUCCACUUUGUUUUUAUAGACAAGAUUGAAAACUCCAUUUUGUUUUUAUGUUAUAAAAUGAACAGAGAAAUGGGUUUGAUAGGUCAUAUAAAAGAUGAUACACAAGUGAAUAGAACUCUUUUACUUGACACAUCGUAAUUUAUACCUUUUCAUAUACGUUUUUACAGCACUUGUGGUAAAUAUGUAAAUCUGAAGAACCAUGUCAUGGAUAUCAGGAUGAGGUGCCUUAACGUGCCUUUCCUCUAAUUCUAAGUUAUGUUAAUGAAAAUAUCAAGUACUUGUUAACAGAGUUUAUUCGUACCGAUGAAUAUGUUUUAUUUUGAUGUGCACUUCUACUCCUUGUCAAAUUUGUACAGUCCUUGUGGUAGACUAUGCUACUUAGGCUAUACAGUCAUUGUAUCUUUAUAAUGAUAAAUUCAACAAAUGUAAAAUAACCACUAAUAUGUUGAACAUUUUCCAAUAUAAUUUUUCUUUUGUGUAAAUAAAAAUUAUAUUGGAAAAUGUUGUAUUCGUUUAUACUAGUGAUAGUACAAUACUACUAUGUUAUUGAAUUACUCUAUUGUUAUGGUAAACAUUUAAAAUGGACAAAAACAACCUAAAAGGAUAUUGAUUUAAGAAGUUCAACUAAAGCAACUGUUUCUUAAAUCUUUAUACUCUGAUUAGAACAGGGCAUGUUCAUAAACUAGAUCCAGUAUUGUAAUGGUAUAAAAUACAGCCUGUAAAUUAGUAAUAUUUUUUUAAACCAGCAAAAGUAGUUGAUUAAGUUGUUAAUGUAAGAACUAAGUAAAGUAGUUGUGGACUUUUUUAACAGUUUAAACAAAAUAUUUACCCUAGUGGUUUUAACCAUUUACGCUCGAAAGGCCAGCAGCACUGGCCACACCAAGGUUGCAGACAGCUUGCAUUAGUUUUGCCGUAGGUUGUCCUCGUAACUCGUAUGGCUAGUACAGAUGUCCACGCUACUUUCAUUGACAGCUCGGCGGCCAUAUUUGUUGUUUGCCUCCCCAGAACGGAAUUAUUUUUCCAUUUUCCUUUGUGUUAUUUGCAUGGUAAUUUAGUGUUUAAAGAAGAAAUGAAAAAUAAUUUUAAAUUUAUUUUUAAUGAAUUUCUAAUACAAAGGAUAAACAUAGAUUUGAUAAAUUAACUCAUGUGUAUAUUGCUAACAAAGAUAUGUAAAUAAAAUGUUUUAAAGUAGGCCUUUACAGUUAUGUUAUAUUCACACACAAACUAUUUUACAUUUUUCUCAGUCUUUACACUUUUUUAUGGAAUAAAACUUUUAAUAAUACAUACCAAUGUGUAGUCAAGAAUAGUUAGUACAUGUCUUUUAGUAAAAUUUUCUAAGUUUCCAUACUUUCUAUCACUUCAGUGUAUAGGUCCUCUAUGCAUCAUUCAUCUUAUUUGCACAGUUGCAAUGUUUAGAGAAGAAUUGUAGGCUAAUUUAAAAAUUUACUCCUUUACUUAAAAAGUACUUUAAAAUAAAGCUGCUUGUUGAUAGGUUUCAGCACUCACCAGUCUUUAUAAAACAAAGAGAAUAUUAGAAAAUAACUGCUAUGUUUAAUAGCCAGUAGUGCUGGCUUACGAUCUGUAGACGUAUUAUAUCUUGGCCAGUACAGCUGGACAUAUGAGCUGAGAUAACAUAACGCAAAAAUUAAUCCAUGCUUCCUUCAAAAUGGUGGCAGCCAGUAGAGCUGGCCAUACGAGCUCUAAGGACAAAUUAUAAAUACUGCCUUCAAAUGCUUAGGGUUAAAAAGUGCCUAUAUCUUCAUCUGUUUAAAUACAGUUUACAUAAUAUUUAGUGUAGAAAUAUCAUUAUUUUUAAGCAAAAUUUUAUCAAAUACAAAUGUGAAAGGAGGUUGAAUUGUGGUAAAAUUUCUGAUAUCCUCUAGGGAACAUAAGUUUAUGUCAAUAUGUUCCAUUUUACUGAAUUAAGCACACUUGUUGUAGAAUUGCCUUUAAAUGCAGUCGUAAAAUAUAAUUUAAAGGGGUAAAUUUUAACCCCUUAGGUUAAUUUUAUUAGCUGUUUAAAACCGUCUACUCUUGGUGAUAGAGGGCCUUGAAUUUAUGAAUGGUAACGAUUAUGGUUAAGAUUUUUUUAUUAAUAUAACAAAUUUCCACUGAUUGCCAUCCUGGUUAAGAUGAUGAGUGAUAAGCAAUAAUGCCAGCUAUGGCUCUAGACAUACAAAACCGCAUAAUCAUGAAAAAAAUAAUAAUCAUAUCAAUGUUUAACAUUUUAUAAAAGAAGAUCUGUUAAUGUUGUGUUUUGUACAUACUACUAUUUUUGUGUAUUAUAUUGAGGGUUAUGAUGGCUGAUGAAACCCAUUAAACUGCUAUCAGAGCAUUACAGGAAGGGUAAUACUCCAAGACCAUGUAUCUUGACAUAUCAAUAAUCAAGAUAUCUAAAGUUUAUGUAUAAACUCUUCAAUUUAAUCUCUUAUUCAAUACUUACUAAGUGGUAUCAGUUCAGUUUCAGGAACUAUGCAGACUAACUCAACCAGUUAAAAAGAAAUCAAUCAAAGUAACAUUAUCUAAGUCUAUUAAUGUUUAUUAUGACAGGUUCUUUAUAAAAUCAUGUUGUUUGUCCAUCUGUGCUAUAAUUCUUUACAGAAAGAUCGUAGUGUUUUCAAACUUACUACAUAGUAAAUGGAACUGACUGCAAUUUUUUUGAGACGUGCUGUAGAUUUUGAACACUGUGAAAUAAACAAUCCGUCAAAAUCUAUUGCAUAUUAGGCAAUGUUUAAAGGUUUGACCCAUAUCACUUAACCGUUUCCAGUGAAUCGAAGGAUUUGGUUGAAGUUUGUAAUAAUAUCCAUUUUUUGCAUUAAAGUAUCUAUGGAAGAUACAAUUUUAAAUUUAUCGCUAUUUCUUGUGUCCGUUGUGUGUGAUAUAUGGGAAAUACUUUAUUGGGUGACAACAAUUAAUUUUAAAUUAAUAUUAAUAAACUUAAGGAAUUGUUUUUCUUUAAAUAAGAAUAAUGGGUGAAGUGAAUAAAAAGAAAUAAAUAGUAGCGGAAGCCACCACGAAGUAAUAGCAUUGUAUUGAAAGGAAGUGAAGAAACAACUGCUGUCACUCCAUACUUACUACUACAGGCUGUCUGGAACAUAUGGUAGUUUUUACUUCCUUACCAUUUACUACAUCAUAGUAAUUACUCCUGACUCUCUGAACCUCACGACAAGAUGUCUCAAAGCUGAAGGUUCUAGUGGUACUGUUGGAAAGAGUUGUGUGAACAGAAUACUAUUUGCUUGCCUUAUAACAUUUAGAGAACACCGGUCAUUUAAAUAUAUGAGAAAGUAAAUAAUUACAAGUGUAAUAGUCUUCGACUCUAACAUCUUUAACUUGAAAUACUGAAUUAGACACAGCAUGUAAAAAAUUUCAAUUUUUGUGUGUCAAAGCUUCUUUUUGUGUCAUCACUUUCUGGCAGAAAUUCAGCAGUACAAAAAUUAACACGUUCUUCCUCAAACAGUAAAAAUUGUGUAUCAGUGACAUGCGAAAGCUCAUGAUACAACUUAUACCCCUGAACGUGUGUGAAAUCACCCAGAUGGUGACAACUAAAACAGUCUGACCUAGGCUCCUCUUAUACGAUGCGGUUAUUAGAGCAAGGUAUUAGGUGUUCAGUUUUAUUCGUAUGAAUCAGGAGUAAAUACUGGUAACACAUUAAUUUUUAUUCACUGUAAACAAAGUAAUUGCUUUAAAAUCGGCAUAACAAAGCAAGUACUAAUUUUUGUUCACUUCACCCAAUAUGUUUGUUUAGUGUUAGGACUUGUGUAAAUUGUUUGGCAAUUGAAGCAAGCAGGGAAUUUGUUUCUUAAUAAUAAUUCAAUGAUUUUAGAGAUGCAAAACAUUAAAAUAACCAAACCCCAAUGUAUGUAUUUUUUGUUUGUGCACAUUCUUGUUUAUUAUUUAAUGUUGUAUCAAUGAAAUUCGACAACACUGUAUCUUUACAAUCAAAGAUCUACAUUUUGGAACUAGUUAUAUAAAGUAAUUCUGUAGGAAUUAUAAAACCAUCUUGUAUUUUUGUACCUUCCUAACAUAUUUUACUGAAAAAAAAAAAAAUAUUAAGAAGUUUAUUAUUUGGAUGUAAUACUCAUUACAUGUGUAGAAUGUGAAAGAUGUAAAAUUAAUAAACAUGGAUCAUGUCAGGAAUGUGAUGUUUCAAAAGUGGAUUACGGAAUAAGAUUUUGAAAAUUGUUAACUGUCAUUGAUAAGAGAAAAACCUAUUGUUAUACAAGACAAGACAAGAAUUUCUUUAUUUUCACGUUCAUCAAGAAGGAAAUGGCUUCAAAUACAUAGUUUGGUACAAUGUAUUAUUGUUGGGCUUUAAAAAAAAUUAUUCUGCAGAAACAAAGUGGAAUUGUUGAUUAUUGAAAUACUAUAGUACAUCUAUGUAUAGUGUUAUAGAAUUACUAUUGUACUAGUUUUAUUUGUUUAAAGCUAUAAUUGCAUGUUAGUUUUAAAUUGUUUAAUAAAUUCCUUCAAGGAGUAAAGUUCUUUAUUCAAAUUGGCAUGAAUUUUUUCUGUAGUUUAUGGUUGACUGUUAUUACUUUGUAAUGUGUGGUAUUUGAAACUAAGUAUUUAGUUUUAUUUAUUUUGGUCCAUGAAAUUAUGGAAUUAUUUUUAGGCUUCAGAAAGUAAGAGAUUAUGCAAGUGGGAAUGGAAUCCAAAUGUUUUCAAUCUCCUUUUAAUAUAAUUUUUAUGAAAAUUGUAAGAACCACUAAUAUUUUAAUUAUCCUUUGAAAUGUUAUUGUUCCAGCUGAAAAUAAAAUAGGUUUGAAAUUGUAAAUAUCUUGUUAAAAAUGUAAAUUCAGAGGAAGCCCUGCUAAUAAAGUGAUAGUAGAUAAGGUAUUAAAUGAAAUAUUUAUAUGUUUACAAUAUCUAUUAACUAUAAUUUAUUGCAUGUCAAUCACUUCAUGUUUUAAAACACUUAUUUGUUGAUGUUGAAGAUGUUUUGUUUCUACUCAAUUGAUUCCUUGUUAGAUGUAAUUUAGUGAGAAAAUUGCAACCAAUCAGUUCAUGCUGUAGUUGCCAUGGAUGGAGUUAUGCAUGUCUCAUCACAUUACCUGUAGUUGUAGGCCUAAGAGUUACCAUGACUGAUGAAGCACACACCCCAUACACUCGCUCUCUGCCAGAUCUGACCAUUGUACAUAGAAUUUUGCUAUCUUCCAGCUUUUGUAAUUAUUAUUGUUUUAUAAAUAUUUAUAUACAUAUAUAAAUACACAGAAUUAACAUUUUUUAGCUUUUAUUAACAGUAAUAUAUAUAUAUAUAUAAAUAUUAAUAUAAUGAGCGCUCCAAUGUAAAUAUGUUAUUUAUAGAAGUUACUGGAAGUAAUGCGUGCUAGUGGAUUGAAAAGGCUUCAUUUAUGUUCUAACGGGUUUGUGUGUCGCUCCAUUAACAUGAAGUAAAUGAUGACCAUUUAAAUUUGAGAGGAUUGAUGUACCAAAAAUAUUAUCAUCGAAUUUAAUGUGAAGUUUAGUGCCUUUGUGUUUUUAUAUAAAGCUAUGUACAGUUAUCUUGUAAGUAGUGUAUAAAUAUUGACCUGCCAUGCCACUCUGUGCUAGUGAUAAUGUACAUUAUUUAAAUUCAGCAAUACAUGAAUAUGUUUUAAACAAA